UGUUUUUGGCGGGAAACAAAAUUGAAAAAUUGCUCUUUGUUUUUGUUUACAGAAUUUUCAGAAUUUCAUCACAAGUCAAGUGAAGUCAUUGGACAAAUUUAAUUAACUUUUUAUUAAUCCAACGCAGGCUCGUUAAUUUCCUUAGCUUCCACUCUAAACACUUUUUAACAAAAACAAUUGAAAAUGCCAGCAAAACGAUUAACACCAGACGAAAAAACAGAAAACAUAACUAAGCUCGAAGAACUCAAAUCGAAAGAUGUCGAAAAUAAAAUUCCUAAAUCUGAAGUUGAGGAAAAUCCACCGAAAAGGCGCAGCACCCGAGUAACACGGAGUCAAAAGUCUCUAGCUGAUGGAACACCUUCUCCAGAAAAGCCCGAAAAGAAACUUUCAUUUAUCAAAUACAAAGGUGCUAUCAAAUACUUGACCGAUAGAAUAGAUAUCGCAGCUACCUCAGAUGAACUCAUGACAUGGGUCAAUAAGCAAGAAAGUGAAAUCGUUCCAAUAGCAUUCGACUUGGAGUGGCCAUUUUCAUUCCAAACUGGUCCCGGCAAAGUCGCUCUAAUGCAACUUUGUCUAGAAGAAAAAGAAUGUUAUCUCUUCCACUUGACACCAUUGCCAAAGAUUCCAGCAUCCCUGAUGGCUUUGUUGUCUCAUCCUAAAGUUCGUUUGCAUGGAGUUAAUAUUAAAAAUGAUAUAAGGAAGCUUAAAAGAGAUUUCCCAGAAGUAACUGUGGAUACUCUUAUUGAACAUUGCAUUGAUUUAGGUCCAUGGUGCAAUGAAGUAUGUAAUACUGGAGGACGCUGGAGUUUAGAUCGUCUUUCGGCCUAUAUUUGCGAAAAAGCAGUUGAUAAGAACAAGAAAGUUCGAAUGAGCAAAUGGAAUGUGGUUCCUUUAGACGAAAAUCAACAAAUGUAUGCCGCUAUCGAUGUUUAUAUUGGUCAACUUAUAUACAGAGAGCUUGAACGAAGAGAAAUUUUGAAAAAGAAAAACAUAAAUGAGUUUUUGGAAAAUAAUGGUGAAGCUGCAUUGAAGGCAGUAAAAGCACUUGGAGAAAACUUUAUAUAGAUUAAUAAUAUAUUCAACUUGAAAUUACAAUAA